AUGUAUGGACGUGAUUCUUGUGGUGUUAAAAUUGCAAAAGAGCGCAGGGAUGAGGUUGAUGAAAACCAUGGUAGCCUUUUGGUUUCUGAAUGGAUGGUCGAGUGGGUGAGCGAGCGAGCGAGUGUCUUUCACAGAAACUUCGCGCCUAAAGAGUUUGCUUACCUCAACAUCACAAGAAUCGGCUCACAACUUGUCCGAAAGGAUAUCGAGUGUGGAUUUGCCUGUUUGGAAAUCACUUCAUGUUUCUCUUAUAACCUGGCUGCAUUUCCCGAUGCCAAUGGAAAACUGUCAUGUGAACUGCUUCCAUCGGACAAGUAUAACAACUCAGACAAAUUCAUCUACAGCCCGAUUUUCAACCAUUUCAGUAUCCCGAACCCUUGCUCCAGUGAUCCUUGCAUGAACGGUUCAACUUGUGUGGCCAAGUACAUCGAUGAUGAUUAUCAGUGCGCAUGCUCUCCAGGAUUUAAAGGAACACAAUGUCAAAUAAAAAUAGCUCUGGGGAAAGACUGCAAAGACAUUAAGAUGCGAGGUGAUUCUGGUGGAGAUGGUAUGUAUCAAUUGGACCCGGAUGGAGGAAGCCUUUCAAAUGCAUUCUGGGCCUACUGUGAUAUGACGUCAUACAAUGGAGGUUGGACCAUGUGUUACACUACCGAUGAAUACGUCAAACCCAGGACCGAGGUCACAUACAAUGCCUCUUUUCCUUAUGGAACUGCCGACUACAGGACCAACUGCAACAACAUCUCUUUUACAGAGAUUAUGUUCUUGGAUCAUCAAACUUUGGCUAAAGUGUAUUUCAAGCGAAGAACCAACCAGUCCACAACGGCCAAUUUGAAUUAUGGGAACAAUGCUGCUACUUAUGGAUUUUGGGACGGUGUGGGAGUGAGCGACGCCUAUCUUUAUCAGCUACUGAUUUGUGAUACCUCAUUCUACAGUGGCUUCUUCGUCUCUGGUUACACAAAUUGUUACAAGCAGUGUCAUCGCUGGUGCAACGAUUUAGUCUCCCCAUACUUCCGUACUGCAUCUAACGAUGAGCAUUAUAAAUACUUUGGUGUGGCCUUUAACAUCAAUGGCGCCCGAACACUCGAUAAAAGGCUCAUCAGUGUCGGUCUGCGCUGAGACAUUUACGAAUUGAGCUGCAUGAUUUCCUUCUUAUGUGUGUCAUAUUUAAACCUGAGCAUAACAUACUAAUCGUAUCUAGGCUUGUUCCGAUGGUGCACUGCAAAUUUUGAGCAACUUUUUGUGGUCCAAACAACCUCGAACAAUUUUUGCCUUAUUGCCCAAUUUUUGUGCAAAAUAUGGCUUUAGGGCACAUU